AUGAUAACAACUACUUCGACUGCUAGCCCAAUUAAACAGGGCCAACCACAAUUACAACAACAAGCACAACAAGCACAACAAGCACAAACUCCCAUUUCCAACCUCAACGCAUUACCAACAGACCAAUUCUCCACUUUGAAAUUGUCCUCCAACGGAUCGAGAAACUUGUAUGCAAUUUUUAGGAUACACAAUUUACCAUACUUGGUGACAAAAGGCGACAAAGUGUAUUUGCCAUACAAAUUAAAAGGUGUAAGUACAGGUGAUGUGUUGGACUUGAACGAUGUCACAACUUUGGGAACACCAAACUACACGUACCACAUUCCUCAAGGAAUUGACAAAUCAUUGUUUCAUUUGAAAGCCAGUGUUCUGGAGAUUACAAGAGAGCCAUUGUACCAAGUGGUGAGGAAGAGACAGAGGUGCAGAAGAAAAAAGACUUAUCAAGUCGAGCCAUUUCAAACAGUGUUGACAAUCAAUGAGUUGAGUUUGAGGUGA